ACGAAACAUGCCUCCUGCCGUCAUGCUUCUCCACUCGCAAACAUGCAUAUGCGCAUGGGUAUAGCAUUGCAGGUAUAGUCCGAUCACGCAGAGUUUCCAGCGCCGUCCCGCAUAUCACAAACAACCACCACGCAAGCCACAAAAUGGGAUGCAGUCCAUCGACCUCUCAAGUGGCCAAACCCGUUGACGCGUCGAUUCAGCCAAAUUGCAACACUGUCUCGGUCGUGGCUGACGUGCGGGACGUGAAGGACCGAGUCGUUGGGAAGAUCGUCGGUCGGCCUUUGAUUGUCGACCACUCAAUUGACGGCGAUGGCGUCGUCAUGUACAACAUCGCUGCCAAUGGAAUUGUUGUGAACAAACGCUUCACUGACUUUAAAGCUUUUCACGCGACGCUUCAGAGCGCGUUCCCACUCUUACCACCGCUUCCCCCGUCUGGCUUGCUGACAGCCUUGAGACGUAGCGACCCUGCUUUGAUUCAGGAACGACGGGCUCGAUUCGACGAUCUUCUCAGCGUCGCGCCGUCCGACCACUUGUCUGAAUUCCUGGCCAUCGCCAUCGACGACUCCCGACCUCUCGUGGGCAGCGCUCCGGUCCAAGCGAUCAAGUCUACAGGCCUAGUGGCUGUGUAACUCAGCCACCGACAACCCAAGCGGCCUUCCCACCCGAGAACUAGAGCAAACUCCAUCAAGUCCAAUACAACCUUCUUACGUUCACCCCA